CCCACGCCCAAACACCAAAAAUAAAAAUAAAAAAGGUGAGGAGAGCAGAAAAUACAAUUAUUGUUGUAAUUCAAAGACCACUCUCAUGUUCACCACAUCCACUAGCAUAUCCUCAACCAGUACCAGGUUUUGCUCUAAAUUUUUAUAACAUAGCAUUCAACUCCAUAUGCUUCUUAUAUGGCAAAUCUUGAGAAAUAUCUAACACCCUUUUCAUUUCCUAAAUUAUUAGAUAAUAAUCAACUAUUGAUUCUAGUUUGAUGUUCAUAGUUGAAAAUUAGGCAACUUUGUUGAAAAUCCUGUUUGUGUAGUUUCAAGAAGAUAUGGAUACACUGUUGAAAACCCCAAAUAACCUUGAAUUUCUGCAACCCCUUCAUGGAUUUUCUGUUAAAGUUAGCAACUUUACCUCUGUAAAGCCUCAGAAACUUGGUUCUAGGAAAUCUUGUGAAAAAUGGCGUAAAAGGGUUUGUGUUAAAGCUAGGAGUAGUAGUACACUUUUGGAGCUUGUACCUGAGACAAAAAAGGAAAAUCUUGAUUUUGAGCUACCUAUGUAUGACCCUACAAAAGGGCUUGUUGUAGAUUUAGCUGUGGUAGGUGGUGGACCUGCUGGUCUUGCUGUUGCACAACAGGUUUCUGAGGCUGGACUAUCCGUUUGCUCGAUUGACCCGUCCCCGAAAUUGAUAUGGCCUAAUAACUAUGGUGUUUGGGUUGAUGAAUUUGAAGCCAUGGAUUUGUUGGAUUGCCUUGAUGCUACAUGGUCAGGUGCUGUUGUUUAUGUGGAUGAUGAUAGGGUGAAGAAUCUUGAUAGACCUUAUGGAAGGGUUAAUAGGAAACAGCUAAAGUCAAAAAUGAUGCAGAAAUGUAUACUAAAUGGUGUUAAAUUCCACCAAGCAAAAGUUAUAAAGGUAAUUCAUGAGGAAGCUAAAUCUAUGCUGAUUUGCAAUGAUGGUGUAACUAUUCAGGCAAAAGUGGUUCUUGAUGCAACUGGCUUUUCUAGAUGUCUCGUUCAGUAUGAUAAGCCAUAUAAUCCUGGGUAUCAAGUAGCUUAUGGCAUAUUAGCCGAAGUGGAGGAACAUCCCUUUGAUACAAAUAAGAUGCUUUUCAUGGAUUGGCGAGAUUCUCAUCUUAAUAAUAAUAUGGAGCUAAAGGAGAGAAAUAGAAAAGUUCCAACUUUUUUAUACGCCAUGCCAUUUUCAUCAAAUAGAAUAUUUCUCGAAGAAACAUCCCUUGUAGCUCGUCCUGGAUUACGUAUGGAUGACAUUCAAGAAAGAAUGGUGGCUCGUUUAAGUCACUUGGGUAUAAAAGUUAAGAGCAUUGAAGAGGACGAACGUUGUGUAAUUCCGAUGGGAGGGCCCCUUCCGGUAUUACCUCAGAGAGUGAUCGGAAUUGGUGGUACAGCUGGCAUGGUUCAUCCUUCAACAGGUUAUAUGGUAGCAAGGACUUUAGCUGCAGCUCCUAUUGUUGCUAAAGCAAUAAUUCAGUACCUUGGUUCUGAGAAUAACCAUCUAGGUAAUGAGUUGUCGGCAUCUGUUUGGAAAGACUUGUGGCCCAUUGAAAGGAGACGUCAAAGAGAAUUCUUUUGCUUUGGUAUGGAUGUUCUUCUAAAGCUUGAUUUACCCGCUACGAGAAGGUUUUUCGAUGCCUUUUUUGAUCUAGAACCUCGUUAUUGGCAUGGGUUCUUGUCAUCUCGGCUGUUUCUUCCUGAGCUUAUGUUUUUCGGAUUGUCCCUUUUCUCUCACGCUUCAAAUACUUCCAGAAUAGAGAUUAUGACAAAGGGAACUCUUCCUUUGGUAAAUAUGAUCAACAAUUUGUUACAGGAUUCAGAAUAACUUAUCAGGAGUCUUGUUCGAUAUACAUCAAAUGUGAUAAUAUACUGUUCUCUUUUUUGUUUCAAAUAAUUGCCAUAUUAACUAUUCCCAUUUCCUGCUUUUUCA